GUCUCUCUAUCAGUUCUCUUCUUCUCCUCCUCUGCUCAGAGACGCCCGCUGGUUUUUAUACAUAUAUAUUAUCUUCGCGGGGAAACAGACUCGUCGAGGUCGUUGUCUCGGCUCCAUCCGGCGGAAGACACCGCUAGAAUGGGUGUUUUUCAUCCAAGUGGACUUUCUAUCAGUUUUGGCAGAUUUUGAUAUAAAAUCAGUCGCGCGCACAUCGACGCCCCGCUAGCUCCCGUUACUUGUCACUGCUGAGCUGCUGCCGCCGCCGCGGUGAAAAACCUCCAACGAGGGAUAUAUAAGGAUUCUUAUUGGGUGCCGGUCCUAAGCUGCAAACAUGUCUGGGGCGUCUGUAAAAGUCGCUGUUCGAGUUCGGCCCUUCAACUCCAGGGAGAUGAGCAAGGAUUCAAAAUGUAUAAUUCAGAUGCAAGGCAACACCACAACUAUUCUCAACCCCAAAGCCCCAAAGGAACCCGCAAAGACGUUCAGUUUCGAUUACUCAUACUGGUCACACACUACGCCGGAAGACCCCAGCUUUGCGUCACAGAACCUUGUGUUCAACGAUAUUGGCAAAGAAAUGCUGCAGCACGCUUUUGAGGGCUACAAUGUUUGCAUCUUUGCUUACGGCCAGACAGGAGCUGGCAAAUCCUACACAAUGAUGGGCAAGCAAGAGGAGGGCCAGGAAGGAAUCAUUCCCAUGCUUUGUGAAGAUCUAUUCGAGAAAAUCAAUGAUGACUGCAACAAAGAUGAGCUCUCUUACUCAGUGGAGGUUAGUUACAUGGAGAUCUACUGUGAACGGGUGCGAGACUUGCUCAAUCCCAAAAACAAAGGGAACCUACGAGUGCGAGAACACCCUCUACUUGGCCCCUACGUGGAGGACCUGUCCAAGCUGGCCGUCACCUCCUACACAGACAUCGCUGACCUGAUGGAUGCAGGCAACAAGGCCAGAACUGUGGCCGCCACCAACAUGAAUGAAACCAGCAGCAGGUCCCACGCUGUCUUCACCAUCGUCUUCACACAGAAGAAACACGACAGUGAGACAGACCUCUCCACAGAAAAGGUCAGUAAAAUUAGUCUGGUAGACUUGGCGGGUAGCGAACGAGCAGAUUCCACUGGAGCUAAAGGCACCAGGCUAAAGGAGGGAGCAAACAUCAACAAAUCUCUCACCACGUUAGGGAAGGUAAUCUCUGCCUUGGCUGAAGUGGAUAACUGCACCAGCAAGAGCAAGAAGAAGAAGAAGAGUGACUUCAUCCCUUACAGAGACUCUGUUCUGACAUGGCUGCUGAGGGAGAAUCUGGGUGGAAACUCCAGAACAGCUAUGGUAGCCGCCCUCAGUCCUGCAGAUAUCAACUAUGACGAAACUCUCAGCACACUCCGCUAUGCCGACCGAGCAAAGAACAUCAAAUGCAAUGCUGUCAUCAAUGAGGAUCCCAACAAUAAGCUGGUGCGUGAUCUGAAGGAUGAGGUGUCUCGACUGAAGGAGCUGCUCCGUGCCCAGGGCCUGGGAGACAUCCUGGACAUUGAUCCUAUGGGGGAUGAUUGCCCGGGAAGUGGAAUCAAAUACCUCAAAGACAUUCAGAACAAUAAGAAUAGAUACUUGGUAGCUUCAGAGAAUCAACGCCCUGGCCAUUUCUCCACAGCCCCUAUUGGUUCCCUGACAGCCUCUCCAUCCUCUGGCUCACUGUGCAGCCAGGGGGGCCUGCAGUCGGUCACCAGCAUUCAGGAGCGCAUCAUGUCCACACCUGGAGGAGAGGAAGCCAUUGAAAGACUCAAGGAAUCAGAGAAGAUCAUUGCUGAGCUCAAUGAAACCUGGGAAGAGAAACUGAGAAAGACUGAGGCGAUCCGCAUGGAGAGGGAGGCCUUGCUUGCAGAGAUGGGUGUGGCAAUCCGUGAAGAUGGAGGCACCUUGGGCGUAUUCUCUCCUAAAAAGACUCCACAUCUGGUUAACCUGAACGAGGAUCCUCUCAUGUCAGAGUGUCUGCUCUACUACAUCAAAGAUGGAAUUACAAGGGUGGGUCAGGCCGAUGCUGAGAGACGGCAGGACAUUGUUUUAAGUGGUGCUCAUAUCAGGGAAGAGCAUUGCAUCUUCCGCAGUGAGAGGAAUGCCAAUGGAGAUGUUAUCGUCAUGCUGGUACCCUGUGAGGGAUCAGAAACCUACGUCAAUGGCAAGCGUGUCGAAGAUGCAAUCCAGCUUCGUUCAGGUAACCGUAUCAUUAUGGGAAAGAACCAUGUGUUCCGAUUCAACCACCCAGAACAGGCCAGAGCCGAAAGGGAGAAGACACCAUCUGCUGAAACCCCAGUGGAGCCUGUGGAUUGGACCUUUGCUCAGCGAGAACUUCUGGAAAAGCAGGGCAUCGACAUGAAGCAGGAAAUGGAGAAAAGGCUCACUGAGAUGGAGAUCUUGUACAAGAAGGAGAAGGAAGAAGCAGACCAACUUCUGGAGCAACAGCGACUGGUUUACGAGAGCAAAUUGCAAGAGCUUCAGAAACAGGUGGAGACUCGUUCGCUGAUCGCUGAGACACCGGAUGAAGAGGAGCUGGAGGAGGAGGAGGAAGAGGAAGUGCCGUGGACUCAGCAUGAGUUUGAGCUGGCACAGUGGGCUUUUAGGAAGUGGAGGUAUCAUCAGUUCACCUCCCUCCGUGAUCAGCUGUGGGGAAAUGCUGUCUACCUGAAGGAGGCCAACGCCAUCAGUGUGGAGCUAAAGAAGAAAGUCCAGUUCCAGUUUGUCUUGCUGACUGACACGCUUUAUUCGCCGCUGCCCCCUGAGCUCCUGCCCUCAGAGCCGGAGAAAGAACGCGACUCCAGGCCUUUCCCCCGCACCGUGGUGGCUGUAGAGGUUCAAGACCUUAAGAACGGAGCCACGCACUACUGGUCCCUUGAUAAACUCAAACAGAGGCUGGAGCAGAUGAGAGAGAUGUAUGACCGCGCCGGCGAAAUGGCCUCCACUCACCAGGAAGACGGCGAGGGCUCUUUGACAGGAAAUGACCCCUUCUAUGAUCGUUUCCACUGGUUUAAACUAGUGGGGAGCUCCCCCAUUUUCCACGGCUGCGUCAACGAGCGCCUGGCCGACCGCACGCCCUCACCCACCUUCUCGACCACUGAUUCCGAGAUCACAGAGAUGGCGGAUGAGCGCCAGAGCGAGAUGUCUGACCUGAUCGAUGACGAGGCGUUUGUGGACGACACCAGCUCAGAUGCAGGCACCGAGGAGGGCUCAGACAUCUUCAGCGACGGCCAGGACCCUUUCUACGACCGCUCCCCCUGGUUCAUCCUGGUGGGAAGAGCUUUCGUGUACCUGAGCAACCUGCUUUACCCUGUACCACUGGUUCACCGUGUUGCCAUAGUAACAGAGAAGGGUGCGGUGCGUGGUUUCUUGCGCGUGGGGGUCCAGGCUAUAGCUGCUGACGAGGAGGCUCCAGACUACGGGUCAGGAGUUAGGCAGUCAGGAACCGCCAAGAUUUCUUUUGAUGAUGAGUACUUCAAAAAGAACGACUUUCCCUCCACGGUUAUGACCCGCUCCGGUUUGUCGCUCGAAGAGCUGCGCUUUGUUGAGGGUCAGGGUCAGAGUUCUGAGGUCAUCACCCCCUCAGAGGAGCUCAACAGAAUCAACGACAUGGACCUCAAGCUGGGAAACAUUCCAGAGACCAAGCUGAAUCUCGGUGACGGUCAGGUGGGCCAGCUGGAGGUGGGCAGCAUCUUCACCUUCCGUGUCACCGUGCUCCAGGCCAGUGGCAUCCUGCCUGAGUAUGCCGACAUCUUCUGCCAGUUCAAUUUCCUGCAUCGUCAUGAUGAAGCAUUUUCCACUGAGCCCCUAAAGAAUUCCGGCAAAGGAGCUCCUCUGGGCUUUUAUCAUGUCCAGAAUAUUUCAGUGGAGGUCACAGAGUCCUUUAUCGAGUACAUCAAGACCAAGCCCAUUGUGUUUGAAGUGUUUGGUCAUUACCAGCAGCACCCACUGCAUCUGCACGGUCAGGACCUGAUCAGUCCUCCAACACCAUCAAGGAAAUACUAUCCUAUUCCCAUGCCUCUUUCUAAACCAGUUCCAGCCACCAAGUUGAACACCAUCACCAAGUCCAACCUCGGCCAGUGCGUCAGCAAGUACGACCUGCUGGUGUGGUUUGAGAUCAGCGAGCUGGAGCCCACUGGAGAGUACAUCCCAGCUGUUGUGGAUCACAGUGGAGGACUGCCCUGCCAUGGCACUUACCUACUGCACCAGGGGAUCCAGCGGAGGAUCACGGUUACGCUCAUCCAUGAGAAGGGUAGCGAGCUCCACUGGAAGGACGUCCGUGAGCUGGUCGUGGGUCGCAUCAGGAACAAAGCUGAGGUGGACGACAGCGCUGCCGACGCUGUCCUGUCCCUCAACAUCAUUUCUGCCAAGAACAUCAAGUCAUCACACAACUCCAACAGGACUUUCUACCGCUUCGAGGCUGUGUGGGACAGCUCCCUGCACAACUCCCUCCUGCUUAACCGAGUCACUCCUUAUGGAGAGAAGAUCUACAUGACCUUGUCUGCGUAUCUGGAGCUUGACCACUGCAUCCAGCCUGCUAUCAUUACCAAAGACAUCUGCAUGGUCUUCUACUCCCGAGACGCAAAAAUCUCUCCUCCCCGUUCCCUCAGGAACCUCUUUGGGAGCGGUUACUCCAAAACUCCUGACUGCAACCGAGUCACUGGCAUCUAUGAGCUGAGCUUGUGCAAAAUGUCUGACACUGGAAGCCCAGGGAUGCAACGGAGGAGGAGGAAGAUCCUGGACACAUCAGUGGCUUAUGUGCGUGGAGAGGAGAACCUGGCCGGCUGGAGGCCCAGAGGAGACAGUCUCAUUGUGGAGCACCAAUGGGAGCUGGAAAAAAUGGAGCAGCUGCACGAGGUGGAGAAGACCCGUCAUUUGCUCCUCCUGAGGGAGAAGCUGGGAGAGGCUCCUCCAGUGGGCACAACUCCCACCACCAAGUCCCUGAGCGAGUCGCUUUCCCCGAGCAUGAGCUCCGGCACCCUGUCCACCUCCACCUCCAUCUCCUCGCAGAUCUCCAACACCACCUUUGAAAGCGCCAUCACUCCCAGCGAGAGCAGCGGCUACGACUCCGCCGACAUAGAGAGCCUGGUGGAUCGAGAGAAGGAGCUGGCCACCAAGUGCCUGCGCCUCCUGACACACACUUACAACAGUGAAUACAACCAGCUGGUCAACAGUAUCAGCGACUGCAAGCUGUCGGACAUCUCACCAAUGGGACGUGAUCCAUCAGUGACCAGCUUCAGCAGCGCCACCCUCACCCCCUCCUCCACCUGUCCCUCUCUGUCUGACUCCCGCUGUGGCUCCUUAGACCAGAAGACGCCAGAGAACAGCUCCCGUGCCUCCAGUCCCUCCUGCUCAGACUAUGAAAACUUCCCGAUGGUCCCCACACUGGAGACCUCGUACUUAGCACGGGCUGGAAAGAACGAGUUCCUCAACUUGGUGCCUGAUAUUGAAGAAAUGAGGCCAGGGUCUGUUGUGUCCAAGAAGGGUUUCCUGAGCUUCAUGGAGCCGCGCUCCAACUCGUGGGUGAAGCACUUCGUUGUUGUUCGCCGACCCUACGUCUUCAUCUACAACAGCGACAAAGACCCAGUGGAGCGGGGCGUCCUCAACCUGUCAACAGCACAGGUGGAAUACAGUGAGGACCAGCAGGCCAUGCUCAAGACUCCCAACACAUUUGCCGUGUGCACAAAACACAGAGGAAUCCUGCUGCAGGCCAACAACGAGAAAGACAUGAACGACUGGCUGUACGCUUUUAAUCCUCUGCUAGCAGGGACGAUAAGAUCUAAACUGGCGAGGAGGCGCAGCGGCCUCAUAAAGAACUGAAGUGAGUCGACUGGCACACAGGAAACCACGGCUACCGUUCUUUCUGAACAGCCUUUGAACAUACCAAGUGUUAACACUUAUUAAUCAUUGUGAUUCUUGACGGUUUUCUCUUGUAAGUAGACUUGUGGCUUAAGUCUCCUUUCAUGCGACUAAACGUUUCAGUUCCAGAGGAAUUUGCCUCCUCUCUCCCUCCAACAACCCUCUGCCAACUCCUCUCUAUUUCUCUCCUCCCUUUACCUCCUCCUCAGCUUUUUUGUGUUUUUUUGUUUUGAUGACGAUGUUCGGGUCUGAUUUUUGUUCCGCCUUGUUGUCAUUCCCCCAGCUCCCUAACUAGUAGCAUGUUGUAAUAGUCUACUUGUGUGUGCACGACUCUUCAGAAAAUGCUCUUUCUGGCCGCUACUUUUCAGUUUGCCAAUCAUCUGUAAAAAUGAAAAAUCGUCUCUAUCAGUGUUAUUUGUCUCCCUAGAAGAAUUUUUCUUUUUGUUUCUUUUUUUCAUUAAUAUGCCCACAUGAUAACUGUCCUCAGGGGAUACCCAGGUUUGCUCCAAAAAAUGAUAUCAGAUGAUUACAAUUAAAACCAUGAAGGGAAAAUAUAGAAAUAUCUCCUAAUGAAGUAUCAGUUUACGCUCUACUACUGAAGUCAGGGCUACUUUUAAUAAGCAUUGCUGCUAAUGUAUUGAUAGGAUUUCUUUUCCUCCUCUUUAUGAGAUCUGCACCAGGUCUCUUCCUAAACUAGACUCUAACUUCCCCUGAUCUGCCUCCUAAACAGCCUUUAGAAUCUAAAUGUGGAAGAAAACUUAUCAAGGACUCAGUGAAACAUGAGGGCUGCACCGGAUUUCCACCGUCAUCCAUGUGAUGUUUAGAUCCCACUCCUCAGUCUGUGUACAUACACCCCCCCGUCCGUGACUAAUUAUUUACAAUCACGCAUUUGUGUCGACAUAAAUACACACAUUGAAGUUGAAUUUGUAUCUCCACAGUAGAAACAUGACGACGGAUUGUUCAAACAGGAGUAGAUAUUAGUCCCUGUCCCUUUUCUUUGCUGUUUCAUCUAAAAUGAACACAGGGUUUUCCAGGGGAGGAUGAGGAGGAGGAGGAAGAUGAGCAGUGCUCUGAAGAGAGAAUAUCAUUUGUACAUACAGUCUGUUCUGGGAUCAGCACAGUAGUUAACUCUCAUUUAAGACAUUCCUCUCAGCUCCUCGAGCUCCUGGCAGUUUUUCUUACACUGUUUAGCCUCAGACCUCAAGAGAGUCUCAACAUUUUAUUUCACCUUCGCAAACGUGACGCCGAAGACAAAACCAAAAUGUAGUGAAGCGGUGGGAAGAAGUGAGAAGGAGUGCAAAGUUGCGGUGCUUAAGCCUUGACCACAGUGGUUAGUGGACGAAGCUGCGAGCGUACAGCCUGCAGGACAGAUAACGAUCCAGUCGACCCCAUGACUCCCCUCACUGUCACACCAGUGUCGGCUGAAUCCUCUGUAGAGUCAAGAACUUACUGUUCAGAGCCACCGCAGCUCAUCACAUGUUCAUUUUCUAUUUGUGUUCUUAAAUCAAACCUCUUAACACAUCUAACAUUCACUGGGUUGACAUUCCAUUUUUUAAAUUAUUAUUAUUAACAUUUUUUCUAUUAUGCUUUUAACCAUUCCAUAGCGGCGUUUAUUGAUAUGAAAUGUUACAGAGGGCAUUUAUUUCUUAACUUUUAACCAAGGAUCAUGUUUGUUGAACCUUAUUUUGCACAUUAACACAUAUCUAUAGCAAGAAGAGGGCAGAUCCCACGUGUUGAGUCCAGGGUUAUUUCUGAGUAUCAGGAACACUGAGAAGGGCACAUAUCAAGGCUGCACUGGAUAGCUGCUUUCCAAAGGGUUUACUAGACAGAAAUGAAAGAAGAGAUGUUAAAGGGAAGACAUAAACUCAAAAGUUUUAUUUCUGAUAUUCUUUAUGAAAAUAUUUGCUCUGUAAAUCGUCGUACAGACGUUAUGACAUUUUUUGGUGCCUCUGUCUCUACAUAUGCUGGAAGAGUGAUGGGUACAUGGGCGUUGAUAAACUCCGGCCAGCCAACCGGUAGUUUGCCGUCUGUAUCAUAUGAAAGGAACAUGGUCAAAUGUAUUGAAACAGAGGAACCUGUUGCUGUUACAAGUUGAAUUAUUGGUGAUGCAGCUGCUGUACAAAGACUGAACAAGAAAACUGCCCUCAGGUCAGACAACCCGCUGGUCAGAAAAACUAAAUCCUGUUGGACUGUUUCUGAAAAAAUAUUUUCUGUCUGUCUAAGAAGCCACAUAAAAAAUCGGACUCAGAAACUUUCUGACGCACCUCACGUUAACCUCCAGACCCUCAAAGUUAGUGAUAACAUGUCAGAGCAAACAUUUUCACUCUCAUUCACAGAGGUACAUUAUUUUGGGAUUGUGUAUUUAUUGUUUGCAAUGUAUAUAUUAGUUUGCAGCUCUUUGCACAUAUGAAUAAAAACUGAUCAAACAGAGUCUGCACGGUUUAGUUGCUCUUCUCAGAAUGAACCAGAGGAUGAUGUUGGCCUCUUCCAGCCUGAAGUGGGAGAGAGUUGAAUGUACUUUUUUCUCCAUCUUUUAAAGAAAAGGAAAAAAAGAGAACUAAGAUAUAACUCGCUGCUUCCCCGUCAGCGGGGGCGAGUUACAUCAGUGCUUCCUCUUGAUUAGAAAGUGGUUUGAGUGAAAGUCUGAGUUUUGAUUUGAAGAAUAUUUACUCACUGCUCACGCUAGCCAGCCGCCUGAAUUCUAACAAAGAUAAACGUUGGUUUUUAUCUCAUUUUAAUUUUUUUCUAAUAUCAGGGAAUAUAAUACAAAGGUAGCUGUAGUGACAUCUAAAAUGACAGUAUACUAUUGUGUGUGCUGGUGUCUUUCUCCACCUCAACACUUUUUAUUUUCCGUUGAUGCCUUUCAAACAAAACUAGCCAUGAUAUAUAUUUUUUUCCAUCUUCCCCUCUGACAAUUAAUAUCAGUUAAAUAACUGCGUUCCCUUUGGAUUUGUUCACUACAAGAAGACGAGACAAAACAAACACCAACAAACAGUGACGUUAACACUGUACAUUAUUUGUCAGACCGGUUUCAUUUUCAUACUUAUUUUGUAAAUAUCUGUGUUGUAUGGAGCUUGAAUUAAAAUGUAAAUAUGUUGACUGUAUUUGUAAUAAUUAUAAUCCAUUCGCUGUAUAGCAUAGAUGUGUCAUGCAGAUAUCCUAAUUCUGUGUAUGGUAACCUAACACCAUUGAACUGUUUUGUGAAUGAGGCAACAAUAAAAGUGCAAACUGUGCAUUAGCAGAACGCUG